AUGCCUUUAGCUGCUGGCCUCGGAGGAGCGCGUCCUCCAGGCGCGGCGCACAAGCCCGCCAACGGCUCUGGCCCUACUCCCGGUCCCUCCAGACCCAACCCGAAAUUGAUGCGCGAUUCAGCCGUGGCCGACGACGACGAUGACGACCAGGAAACCACAACUGACGAUAGCAGCGACGAGGAAGCCGCCUUCGAGAUGGACGGCCAAGAGCUUUGGACUCAGACCUACUGUGUAACAUGCGACUGCCUCAUCGAGCCUGGCGAAGGGAUCGCAAAGACCGGCACUACCAGCGCGACGGGCACCUCGCCUGUUACACACACCACCCUCAAGAGUCGCUCGGGCACCAUAAAAGCUCGCGGCCCCUCCGCACCCGACACUGCAGACGACACCAGAGCUGCAGCUGCAUCCAAACAGUCGCCAAAUCCCGCAAAGGCACCAGGACCCACUCCUCUAAAGAGGACUCACUCCGCCGGUCGCCUUCAUGCCAAGGCCGGAGCAGGGCCACUCGGUCCACACAAGCGCACAGGCAGCGCCGGAAGUCGUCUCCACGCCCUCAGCGAGCUUCGCCCCACCACCAAACUGCAUGACGACAAGGCAAAGCCGAAAGCAGCCGGCCGUGAUGCGUCUCACGGUCGCAAGAGUCCCGCCACUUCUCGACCUAACUCAGCAGCCAGCAAUCGUUCGCACUCCAACAGCAGCGGGCCGUCGUCGUUCAAGUCGAAUGAAGCCACUCAUGCCUCCAACGCCAACAACACUACUUCCGACAGCCAAGCUCGCGCAAAGAAGCGUGGCUUCCUCGGUGGUCUCGGCCUCACCCCAGCUACCUUGAAGCAACAGGAGGACGAGCUGGCUGCCAAACGCAAGGCUCCCACUCCGCUCUACUGUUCCGAGCGAUGCCGCCUAAUCGACGAACGACGCUCCUCUGGCCUUGGCGAGUUGACUCAGUACCUGUCGCAGCCGCUCGUCCCACCCAACAACGCCGCCUGGGCAACCCCACCACCACCGCCGCACACAUGGACACGAUCCGCCAGCGUCUCUUCCAUGCCGCUGCAGAUGGCAGUCAACACCCCGGAAAGCGAAUGCCUCUGUCCCGAGUGCAUGGACAAGUAUGCCGACGGCAGCAGCGCCAGUGGUGCAGGCAUUCCCAGCGGCGCAAGCGACACCGCUACAGAAAGCUCCAGCGGGUACGUCUACGGUCGCGGUGCCGCUCAAAAGCCACGCACCGCUAGCGGUAGGCUGAUCACGCCCUUGGGCCUGCACCCUCCUGGCACCAGCACUGAAGGCUACUUCCCGCAAUACACGCCGUCCUAUGCAAUGACGCCGGCUGCGCAGAACAGUCCUAGAGUGCGCGCUGCCGAAGUCGCUCCACAUUCCGAAGCAGCUCGGUACUCAUCCGUACCUCCGCGCACGUCUUCAGCUGCUAGCGCUGGAAAGGCCAGCACGGCCGGGACCGAAGGCAGUGUCUUCAGUUCUGGAAGCGGUAGCAGUUUGUGGGAGCCAAGGCUCAAGCCGCGCUCGAAUUCGGGUGUCCGCAGCAGCAAUGGCUUCAGCGGCGAAGGCAACGCUGCUGGCACCGCUUCAGGACUAUCGACCAGCACUGCCACGCCUGCCAUCACACCGAGGCAGUCGAUGAUUGUGCCCUCCUCAUCGGGACCUCACAGCAGCGCCAGAGCCGCUCGUCGUCUGUCGGUGCUGGGCUUUGCUCCAACUCACGAGGUCGACGAGGAAGCACAACAUCAGUCGGAAGCCAGUCGCGCCAUUUCUCCUGCGUACACCUUGCCGCACCGACCCAGCUCUCGCUCGCACCAAGCCUCACUUCUACUUGCCACAAGUCCGCUCAAGCUGCUUGACAAGAGCAGCCAGCACCACGCCGCUCCUUCGAUCGACUUGUUCAGCGACCACGUCGGCAGUCCUGGAGCCAAAGGCUCGCUGCUCUCACGUAGCUUGGCAAGCGAACACACGCUCAUGGGUGCCAGCGGCAUUACCUUGACCAAUCAGCACACGUUGGCGUCAUCGUCGUCAUUGCACGACCACGCUGAGUUGGAAAGCGAGCAGCCGCAGCGACAAGCGUCUCAAGAUGCAGACCUUUCUGGUCGACGUCCUACCGCCAUGUCCCAGAGCUAUUCGUACCAGAGCUUCAAUGAUCCGUCCAGGCUGAGUCAGAGCUCCCGCAAUGCCGACAGCAGUGACAGCCUCAGUAUGGCCGUCGGCAGUCUCAAGCUCGCCCAAUCUCGCGCAUCAGGUCCUUUGGCCGCCAUGUCGCGACGCGGCACCGACACAUCCGAGUCAAGGCCGACCGACUUGCGACGACUGUCCCUUUUCGGUGUGGCAGGCGCUCCUGCACGUCGCAACUCGAAUGCGGUGUCAAUCUCAAGUUCCAACUCGGGCUCUACCAGCAGUGGCUGGCUCCGCUCUCUGUCUUCGGCAUGGCUCAAUUGGCGCUCGACCGCCUCCCCAGCGCCGAUGCAGACGGACUCGGAAGUCUUUCACUCUAUGGAUGACAGCGACGAAUGGCCGUCUCGCAGCGCCCGCGAGACUUUCCGACGCGAGAGCAGCGCCUCGCGCAGCAGCAGCAGUCAGAAGGUAUCGUAUGCUUCAAAGCGAGCCUCGUCUACGAGAGAUGUGAGCAUGGCUCGCUCCUCGAGUCAGCACAGCGACAAGCUGCAGCCGUUGGAUGAUCGCAGUGCUGCCAUCACACCGACCCAGAGUCUCGUCGCCAAGCCUACCAUCCGUCGAGGAUAUGUUCCCGCCUAUGUCAGCGAGAUCGGCCAAGGCGACAUUCCGGGCGACUCUUUGCCUGCGGACCUCAAGACCCACGCUGGUGCGGUGGGAGCGACCCCAGACCCAGCACAGCGACUGGCACGCGCUCGCGUCGACAGCUUCACCCGCGUCAUGGACGCAGAUGCGGUACAGAAGAAGGCGAGCAAACGGAGGAGCCGCGACAUCUCGGUGCUUCCGCCACUGCUCGCACCCAUCAGCCGCUCUGGCAGCAGCACCAAUCUGUACGCACAAGUGCCUAGAAGUGCCCGGGCCUACUCCACAGGACGUACCUGGUCUGCAGCCAACACGCCGCAGAUGUAUGUAGGCAGCGCUGGCUCCUCGCAUCAGCAGCCGUUGAGUGCUGGUGGUCAUGGCCAGCCGCCGCAUUCGCCGACGCUGAUGCGCAGCCCCUACCACAGCAGUCUGGCUCUGACGCACGACGCUGCACGCGCUGCUCUGUCUCCGUCCAGACCCAACAGUGCUGCAGGCUAUCACUCGUUGCAUCACAGCGCCGGCACAUCACCACGAGCCAAGGGUCUCGGAUGGGGAGCCAUGACCUCGAUUGCUUCGCCUCCUGCAUCAUCAUCCAUCCCUCAUGCAGGCCAUCGCCAGAGCAUCAGCUAUGGUCACGCUGCCGCUGUCGCCACUCGAGCGAGUGUCAACCAACCAGCGAGGGGUCACGCUCACCAUCACCAUCAACACCACCAUCAUGCUCAUCAGCAUACGCAUCAGCAUCAUCAUCGUCAUCAGCACAGUUGGCACGAGCACGGAUCGGCACAUGAUCACAGCUCGUCUGCAUCCGAUCAACACCUUGCGGGCGGUCAAGGAAAUGAGCGAGUUGCUCUGGGCCACAUGAUGAGCUUGGGUGCACCGCCCACCAGUUCAAGUCAGGCUGCAUCGAGCCGUCACUCGACCAUGCCCGCCACGCUGCACCGAAGCCCCACGCCGAGCGUGCCUGAAGACGGUGGCGAGAUGUCGUCGCACGCUUUGACUUCGGGUGACUUUGUCAGCCGGCCCAACUCGGCCAUGGCUGGUCAGACCGGUCGACGCCAUCACCGAACGUCGUUGAUGCCCCCGCCUCGAUCGCGUUCUUCGAUGGGCAUGCAUCCGACGCAUUCUCACCACCGAACUGUCCAACCGUCGACCGCAACCGACGUUCAACCACCGCUGACGCCUGCGUCAGAAGACGUCGAUGCCGAAGAUGGUGUGCAGCCGGCACCUCACCACGAAGCGCAGCGAGAGCCACCGCGUACGUGGAGCUACGACCAUCUGGCGGGUCUCAAGACGUAUCCGAUCUUGCAAUUACCCGAUAGAGAGACGCAUGACGUCUACAAUCCAGCGUGGGGGCUCGACGCAGGUGGACUCGCGAAGCAUCUGGGGCAGGAGGCCAGGUUGCCUCGAAGCAGUACUGCCAGUACCCGUCAGGGAGACGUCGAAGGUAGCAGCACCGCUGGUGAUGCAGCUGAGAAUGGCAGCAGCACGGUUCAGAUGGGGUUCCAACCGCAUCGUAAAAAGCUCUUCUACUUUGACGCUUGA